AUGGGUGCAGGAUCGGAUUUGGUUGGAUUUGCAGCUGGUGACGCCGUUGACAAUGCGUGUGAUGGUAUACAACGUUUGUCUCUUUCAGAUUCUGACAAGGGGAAAGGGAAGGCUGUGUUUUCCAGUUGCGCUGCUGGCUAUGCAGCAAGUGAUUCUGAAGAUGAGGAUGGGCGUAUGCUUAUUGCAGAUGGGCAGGAGUGCACCGUGUGCUUGGAAAGUAUGGAGAAUGGUUCCCGUCUGAUGUGGUUACCAUGUGCUCAUGGUUUCCACCAUGAUUGCAUUAUGCCGUGGAUUAUGGGAGGGCAUUCAAGCUGCCCCUGCUGCCGCCACCCUUUAUACUUACUUUUCUCAGCUUACAUUCAGCCUUGCUUGACGUUUAAAG